AUGCUUCUAUGGAGAAUUGCGCCCUAUGGGCUGAGCGGCGAAAGCAAAAGCAAAAUCCACCACGCGGCUAAACCCAUGAUGUCAUUUGGCAGAAACCUCCCACCAAUCAUCUCCGCUUCGACCUCCAUCAGCAACGGACCACGAGAUCAGGAUCACCAAGUUCUUCCUUAUUUCGCCGAGGCCUAA